AUGAACGGCCACCGGGAAACCACGGCUGCGGCCCCGGCCGGUGCUCCUCCGCCGCCUCCUCCCAAGGACGGCACGUCGUCCUCGUCGACCACGGGUGUCCUGUCCGACCGGCUCGUCCCUGCCAUCUCGGGGGCUGCGACCUCGCUCACCGAGACCGCCAGCGCCGCCACCGCUUCCGUCAAGUCCGGCCUGUCGCCCCAAGCCCAGGCUGCCACCUCACACCAGCGGGCGUCGCCGCCGCCGCCGCAGCAGCCCGUGCCCCACUCGCGAGCUGACUCGCAGCUGGCCGACUACGUUCUCGUCUUCCAGGCCAUCGCAAAGAAGCACAUCCGCUCAAAGACCAAGGUGCAGGCCACCGAGCGCGCAGAGGUCACAGACGAGUACGACCGCCUCGUCGCACGCAUCCGCCACACCGGACUCAAGCUCACCUCGCGCGAAGGUGCAAAGGGCAGCGGCCAGGUCCUCCUCUUUGUCAAGGCAGACCCCGCCCUGCUCAACAGCCUCGCCCGCCAGGAGUCCCUCACGGACUACCUCCACGGCGUCCUGUCCGUCGAGCCGCCGCCCCAGCGCUCCUCGAGCCUGGCUGCGGGCGCUUCCUCGGCCUCGUCCGGUCUGCAGCAGCGGCCACCGCUCGCCGUCACGCCCGCCUCGCGCGUGCGCUUCGUCCACUCGCUGCUGACGCUCCCCACGCUCGGCAGCAAGGCGAUCAGCGACGCUGCGGGCAGCGACGGCGACUCGCAGGUGCCCUCGGGGGCCGGCCUUCGCGUCGGCCUGCCCGACUUUCCGCGCCUGGUCGACAUGUCAGCCAUCCACGACCCCAUCUACAACUCCGCCUGGGUCCAGCGCUGGUCGCACACCGCGCCCACCGCCGUGCUGUCCGGCAUCGGCCUAGAGGACCUCGACUCGGUGCGCGAGCACUUUGGCGAAGACGUCGGCCUCUACUUUGGCUUCCUCAACUUCUACUUCCAGGCGCUGGCGCCGCUCGCCCUGUGGGGCACCGCCUUCUGGGCGUUUGGCCGCCCCUAUUCGCCGCUCUACUCGUUUGGGCUGGUGGCUUGGGCCUGCCUGACCGUCGAGAUGUGGCGCAUGAAGGAGCGCAAGCUGUCGGUGCGAUGGGGCACCGUCGGCGUCGACCGCGUCGAGCGCCGCCGCGACGACUUCCAGCCCCGCACCAAGCGCGUCGAUCCGGCCACGGGCGAGCAGGAAGAAGUCUUUGAGUGGUGGCGCCGCGAGCUGCGCGUCGUCGCCACGCUGCCCGUCAUGCUCGUCUUUGCCUCGCUGCUGGCAGCCACCAUGACGCUCAUGUUUGUCGUCGAGAUCUUCGUCGGCCACCUCUACCACGGCCCGCUCAAGCAGGCCGUGCCCUUUAUCCCCACUGCCCUCUUCGUGGUGGCGGUGCCGCAGAUCAUGGCGGCCUGGCAGGCCACGGCCGCCUCGCUGACCGGCUGGGAGAACCACUACAGCUCGCGAUCGCACGACUACAGCCUCACGCUCAAGCGGUUCGCGCUGCAGGGCAUGGUGGCCUACGGCGCCCUCUUCCUGUCGGCGUUCGUCUACAUCCCCUUUGGCGAGGCCAUCAUGCACGAGGUCGUCGAGCGCGGCUUUUUCCGCGACUCGAUCGAGAUGGCGGUGCGCGAGGGCAAGCUGCCUAAGGGUGGCAUCGACUUCCACGUCAACCCGGACCGCAUGCACACGCAGUUGUUUGCUGUCAGCGUGACGAGCCAGGCCAUCGGCGCCUUCACCGAGCUCGUGCUGCCGCUGCUAAUGCGCAAGGCGCAGGAGUGGAAGAGGGAGCGCGACGCCCGCCGUGCCGAAGGCGCCGGCGGCGAGAAGAGCGCCUCUUCGUCUUCGUCUCCCGGGGCCAGCGACCCCGAGGCCAAGUUUGUUCGUAGGGUGCAAAAGGAGCUCGAGCUGCCGCCCUACGACCUGUUUGGCGACUAUGCAGAGAUGGCGACACAGUUCGGAUACAUCACACUCUGGUCGGUCAUCUGGCCGCUCUCGCCGGUGAUGGGCUUCGUCAACAACUUCUUUGAGCUCCGCGCCGAUGCCGCCAAGAUCUGCCUCAACCAACGCCGCCCCAUCCCCGUCCGGGCCGAGAGCGUCGGUCCGUGGCUGGAGGUCCUCGGCUUUAUCGCGUGGCUCUCUGCGCUCUCCAACUCUGCGCUCGUCUACCUCUUCCAGCAGAGCACCGACGCCGGCUCCAACGGCCACUCGCGCUACGCGACGACGAUGCGGUCGCACAUCCACCCGCACCUCUCAUCGCCCUCGAGCGGCGGCGGCGGCGGCGGCGGCGGCUUCAACGCCACCCUGAUGGGCGAUGACCCGCAGUCGCGCUUCUCGUUUUCGCGUCUGCUCCCCUCGCACAUCCCCGCGUCCGGACCGGCGGGAGCCAUCGUGGCCGCCAUCCUCGUCGCCCUCACCUCGGAACACGCCUACGGCCUGGUGCGCCAGGGCGUCCGACACGUCCUCGAGCGCUUCGUGUGGAGGGACAGCCACGAGGAGAUGGUGGUCCGCCGCCGCGAAUGGAGGAUCCGCGUCGAGUCGGUCAGGGCCCGCGCCGACGAGCAGCAGCGCUCGUCGUCUGCUGCCGCUGCCGAGGGAGGCGCUGCGCUCCAGGGCGGACUGGCUAGUCAGGCCGACGACGAUGGUUUCUGGACCCACGACCGCGAUGUUGGGCCUGAUAUCAUCAGGAACAGCGGCAAGGUCGAGUGA